AUGACACGUGAUGCAAGCAACACGAGCAGUGGGGAGAAGAAGAACAGUGGUGGCAGCGCGAGCACAAUUGACACUGGCAUGAUACAAGACAUGCUGGACGAAGACACGAUGCUGUACAUGUUCGAAAACAGCAUGUACGAUGAUGAUGAUGAUGACGAUGGUGGUGGUGUUGAUGGUGGCGGUGAUGAUGGUGAUGGUGAUGGUAACAGUGUGGUGGCUGAAAUGUUGCCGCCAAGCCCUUUCGGCGUUCAUGACAACAACAACAACGAGGACGAUGUUGACGAUGACGUUGAUGAUGAUGGUGAUGAUGGUGAGGAUGAUGAUGAUGAUGACGAUGAUGAUGACUCGCUACCAUCAUUGUUUGCGUCAAGCCGGUAUGAUGCACAGCUGGCCAAUCACAGCAGUGACAGCCACGAUGAUGAUGAUGAUGAUGAUGAUGAUGAUGAUGAUGACGACGACGACGACGAAAACGCGAUUGUUCACGCCACCGAUGAUGAUCAUGACAGUCGCAAUGCCGUGGCGGUUGUUGUUGGCCGCAAAGACGACAAUCACAACACCAACAGCGACGACGGUGAUGAUGAUAGCAACAGUGAUGACAAUGACGAUGACGAUGAGAUGCGUGCGCUGCGCCGUGCUGUGCGUGCUGACGUGGAGCUGUACGAGCACGUGCUGUUGUAUCGGCCAAUCCCGCUUGCACGCAUCCGCGCGUGUGCGACGAUGGCGGGCAUGCGACGCUGGGGCGAAGACAAGCUGAAGCGCUUCUGUAACCAACACGGCAUCACAUACACAGCCGACGAUGGUGGCGGUGGACGGACGAGACGGAAACGGCGCACGCAGCGGCGAGCACCUCGUGCGCAGAAGACCACGGCCAAGCACAGGGGUUUCUGCCAUUGCUACGAAUAA